UUGCUACUGGGGAGAACUUAACAGUGAGGCCAGCUAAAAUUGUAGCGGGCCAAGAAGCGGACAAGACCAAUGAAUGGCUGCAGGCCUUGGGCAAGGCAAUUACACAAAAUGUUGACUCCUCUGAGGCCGUUCAACAAGUGCUCAGUGGGGCCAAGCCAGGUAAAGGCAAAAAACCUGACAAGGAAAAACCAGACAAAAAGCCCGAUAAAGCAAAGAAACCAGUAGCAGCAAAUAAUAGAAGUGUUAAAGAUAAUGACCCAAUUUCAGCCAAAGAUACAAAGGUGACCAAAAACACGAAAGUUAUUAAAUCAGUCGAAGAUCUCAAAGCUAGUAAAGAUCCCAAGUCAACAAGAGAUAAAAAAUCAUCCAAUAAUCCCAAAACUACCCAAGACCCUAAAUCUAGCAGAGAUUCCAGACCAAACCAAGACCCCAAAAAGAACAAAGAACUCAGACCAGGAAAUGAGUCUAAAAAUGCUCCAAAAGUUAAUUCCCAUUCUAAACCUCUGCAAGACAAAGGCUCUCCAGUGAAGGGUUCAAAGAGCAGUGAUGAUAAGGAUAAAUCGAGUAAAACAAGCAAGAGUAAAAAAGAUGAAGGGAGGAGCGCCAAGAGUGCAAAAGACAGGAAAAGCAAGGAUGGCAAAGACGACAAGGAAGGGAAGAAACCUGAGAGAACAAAAUCAAGCAAAUCCAGACCAGCAAGUCGUGUGGGCCAGGUAAAGGAGGCAGGGAAAGAAAACUCUCCACCUCACGAGAUAAUUGAUAGUGAGGAGAUAAUCCCCAAUGGACAUGCAUCUGUGGAGGAAAUGGUAGAAGCGGCUCCCCGAUUGGCAUCAGCAAGACCACGAAGCUCCCGACCAGAUGGUAAUGAAGAACCUGAAGAUGUUGCCGAGGCAAUAGAUGAAGGCAUAGUUACACAGGAAGCUCGUACAGAUGACUCUGAGGUUGCCCCUCUCCCAGAACCAUUCUUUGAUACACUGGAUAAUGAAGGUCUCCAGUCAGCUGUGGAAGAUGGGUUGAUGAUACCUACAGGACCGGAGUCAUUGAUUCAGCUGGAUGGUGAUGUUCAACAGGAAAAUAAUGGUGAAAGUGAAGAACCACCUUUAAUAUCACAAACACCUGUUGGAGAAAAUAAAGAUAUUGACCCAGCUAUCCUCAAAGCUAUGGCUCCAAAUAAUGACCAGGUUCAAGGGGAUGGGCAGCUAGGUCCUCCACAUCCUGAACCUCCAGAUUCGGGUGUAGGAUCGCUAGAUUCCCCCAAGCUUCCUUCAAGAGAGCAUGAGAGUUUACCCAUGGCCCCAACCCCUAAGCCAGGAGCACAGCCAUUAAGAGCAUUGGAGCAAUUUGGUGACGGACUUCCACCUACGCCACCGCCAGCUGCACAGCUGCCUACAUUUGAUAAUGAAGAAUAUCCUUCAGGAGAUACAAGUGUGCGACCUCGAACUGGUAGACGCUCAGCCCGACCCCCCAGUGCACGCCCAGCUCCUCCAAAAGUUCGAGAGAGACGAGAGAUUCCCAAGGAAGAGUUACAACGCCCUGGCACUGGUAAACCAGUUGCUAAUGUCAUCCUCUCCUCUGGUGCUGGCGAUGAUGAUGAUGAUGAUAAUUUUGUAGUUGAGGAGACAAAACCUACCGUGGUCAUGGAUGAAGACUCGCUUUCCAUGGAUGCUGCAGCAUCUGGUGGUGCUGCAGCAGCUGCGGCAGCAGCAGCAGCAGCUGCAGCAGUUGGAGAAGAUGGUGAGGGAGCAGGUCUUCUAGUUGCUCAAAUAUUAGAAACCAAAAAAGAGUUAGAAGAUGGACGUCGUAAUGCUUUUUCUCCUGAGACACCAGGUCAUAGGCGUGUCCCAAUUGAACAAUCUCUCUUGAGUGAUGCCAAUCGGAAGAAAGAAAGAGAAUUAAUCCAGAAAGAUGUAGCAAAGCUGAGCAGUUCAAUUCAGUCCAUAACUAGAUCUGUAAAUCCAUUAGCUAAGAUGUUAGAUUACCUGCAGGAAGACCUUGACUCAAUGCACAAGGAACUGGAAAUUUGGCGUAAUGAAAACAAACAGUUGACACAGACUCUCAAACGCGAGCAGAGCUUGACAGAACAUGACCUGGAACCUUUGAGAUCUCAACUACUUGAACUCGAUACAGCAGUUCAAGACCAACGAGAUAAAUUGUCUGCCAUCAAAUCAAACAUUUUGAGAAAUAAUGACAAGAUAUCAAGGUUAAUGGCAGGCAUAAAUCUGAAUAUAUAGUGUAGCAUAUCAUAGGUUGGACUCAUUUUGUUUAUACAGAAUAUAAAUGUAUAUAAUAUUUAUUUCUUCACUGCAUAAUCUCUAGUAAAUUAUUGUCAUAUAUUUUCUUAAUACUGUACAGAUAUAUUCAGUUGAUUGAAUGUGAAGUUGCUAACUACUAGAUGAGUAUUUAUUACAGAUUUAUUUAUAUAACAUAUGUAGUGAAGGUAAAUAGCACAGUUUAGUUUAGUCACCUAAUUAUCAAAUAUUUUGGAAGAAUAUGAUAAGACAAUCUAAACAUUUAUGUAUUUAAAUUGGUUUUAUUGUUCCGUGGUAUGGACAAAUGUAAAAAAGUUUUUAGAACCACAAUAUAGAGAACGUCUUUCUGAAGGAGGAGUUUGUAAUGAUUAAGACAAAAUAGGAUGAAUGUUCCAACAAUUUUAUGAUAAAAGGUAGGCUUGGGACAAUGUACGAGUGUUUCAGUCCAGUGUGAGGUUUCCGAGAGACCUCUGUGUGACUAUCUCGAGACUUGUGAAAUAAUGUUAUCACAGACUGCAUUGUCUGUACGUGAUAUGGAACAGUUCAAAACAGAAAAAUUUCCAUAGUCGUUUAUGGUUGAUACUGCAGUAUCAUUUAUUCUUGUUUUUAAGUGUUUUGAGUAGUGAAUAUAUGAAAUGUGGUCAGGCAACAAAUAGUUGUGUCAGACUACUGAUAGAAAAUUUAGGAAACACACACCAAAAAAUAUAUUAUAUAUAUACGUAAACACACACGACCACAUGAUUUCCGGAUGCCUCAGGACCGAGACUGAAUGAAUAACUGGUGCAGCCAGAUACACGGCAAGUCAUCCUGAAAAUUUAAAGGAAAAAUCAACAAUUUUGUUGAUUUUUCAACAUUUAUGAAAUUCUCAAGUAUUUUACGUUGUACUAAUAUGAGACAUUCUGGAAGUCAGUGUUAGCAUCAGUGUGGGGGUGUUGAAAGUGUCUAUGGGUAUCUGGAGUGGAUGUUGGGACUGACUGUGGGUGCGGGUGCAUUUUUCGGUGUGAGUAUAUGGGUAUUGGCAUUCACAUGUGGGUGCCUGUUUAUUGGUUGGGGAAGUGGUGUCGCUGGGUAGGUGUUGAUUAUGGGCUGGGAGGGUCGAAGGUGGUGCAGUUGUCACUCAAAAGGAUUUGACAAAAUUUAAGGCAAUAUAUGAUGUUACAUUAUCCUACAGCCAAUAUUAACACUUGUACUGGGUGAGUUUGGGAAGGGAAGGGGCUGAGGGGAGGGAGAAGAACAACAGGAAGAUGUGUGAUCGUCAUCAAUCUGUUCAGUGUUGUCUCUCCAAUUUGGCAGUUUGUGGCACAGAAUCUGUGCAGCCUGUUGAGCCUAACAGUUUAUCUAGACUCCCAGUUCUUCUACCCUAACAGUCCAUCUAGCCUAAUGAGGCACCCCCGAUGCUGACAUUUUUGUACCAUGCCUGCACUUCACUUUAUCACACACUUUUAUUCAGGCCUGCUCCCCUCUCCUCACCAGCUUGUCGCACAUUUUUAUUCGGACAAACCCAAAACGAAUAACAAGCACAUCCAGAUGAGAGGCAUCCGGAAAGCAUGUGGUCAUCUGUAUAUAUAAAUAAACAAGAUACAAACAUGUCCAUUCUUUAGGUACCACACAUUAGAUAACUGGAAGUUUUGGGAAGUAACUUGGUUAAAUUAUAGGAUUGUUCCUUGUAUUUUAUUGCUAUUUAAAAUGCCUUUUAAAUGUUUAAUUAUAAGUGUUUAAUUAUUAAUUAUAAUUAAUUAUAAUUAUUUUAGUCAAGAAAUUUUUGUUUAAUUUCUAUAGAAUAACAAUCUGGUUUUGCCUCUUAAUAUAUUACAUUGAAGUUGUUUUUAAUAUAACAUUGUGGCAUAUUUGACUCCAAGCAGCCAUAUAAAUUGCUAUCAUAAGUUGGACAUGUUUUAUACUACUUCAGGGACCAUGUGAAAGCAUUUUAAACUUAAGAGUUUUCAAUACCAUAGUUUUAUCUGUAGUUUCAACACAGUGCAGUACUGUACUCUGAUAUAAGUAAUCAGAUCUAAAAAAAAAUCAUCAUUACUUUUUUGAAGGGGCCAAACAGUCGCUCUCUGAAGAAAACUCAAUGCACACGAGUCCCAGUUGGCUUUCUUUUCCCUUCUGCCUGUGACUGUUCCACUUGCAGUGUUAUCUCUGAUGUUAGACUGACUUCCCCAGGUUACUUCAUGGGUGGUCAAGUCAACUUUGCCUACGUGGUGUUUUUCCUUGGGCAGGGUUUGGCCCAGUUCUGGUUCUUCCAGUUCUGCUCUUUUUUGGCACCGCCAGGUAAACCGGAUUCAAGCUCUAUUUGACUUUUGCCAACUUCCUCUUCCGGCUUUCAAGAUUCAGUUCUCUGGUGCCUACUUAUCCUGUCACUCAAUGUGUUCACAGAUGCCUCGGCCCUGGGCUGGGGUGUUGUAACCAGUGCCCACAAGGCCUCCCAAGGUUGUUGGUUGGGUCCUCUCCAUUGGGCACACAGUAGGGUGCAUGAAUUUGCAGAGGUGUGGCAAGGCUUGUGGAGAGUUUGUCUUCCUUCAGGCUCUAUUCUCUGGCUCCAUUCCAACUGAUCUCUAGUGGUUCAUUGUCUGAAUCAUAGUCUUACUGUCUUUUCCUCUUUGGCAUUAGACUCUGCAAGUAGUUCAGGUUCUGGAUUCUCAGGGUCUCUUAUUUCCAUCCCAUUUCUAUAGAGUAGACUGUUGAUGACACAUUCUUUUGGUAGCUCCGCAAGACAUUCGGUCACCCCAAGGUCACUCGGGCCACUCCUGGCUUGAAACUGGCCACUUCCUUGUUAUGUACUGUAGCUCCAUUCCCCAACCACAAGGCUCUUAUAGUGGAUGUUUUUCAGUUAGAUUGGUAAAAUUGGAGGUUCUUUUACCUCUUCCCUCCAGUUCAACUGUUCCUCCAGGUGAUGUUGAGACUGGAGGUGCAUUUGGCUGAAUUACCGAGGCCACUUAACACCUUAGUGGCCUCGACGAGGACAGGAAGCCAGUAGCUUGUCAAAGGCUCCCCCAUUUGCCUCAAUCUUUUCCAGCUAGAUUUUAAAAUUUAAUAGGCUUUAUCUCAUACUAGCAUCAGAGAGCCACUGAGGCCCAAUCAGAAAGAGGCAUUUCAUUACAUUUACUGUUUUUGUAUACAAUAUUAGGAUAAUUUUUAGUUGUAGCAUAAGGGUCUGGAAUACCUUGGGCCCUGAUUUUAGUUCUGGAUUAUUCUUAAAAAGUCUUAAUGUUACGAUCUCAUUGGUAUUACUUGCCCUAUUUUUUUUUUUUUUUUAUGAUUUUAUGUAAUGUGUUCAAUUUCAUUUGCAAAAGUAUCUAAAAAAUAAUGGAAAUCGCAGUUCACAACUCAGAAUCCAACGUGGAUGACAUAUUGAACUGAAAUAUAUUAUACAGCUUAUCAGUGGAUAAUUUAAGCAUGUCCUAUCAGCUAGUGGCAGGAAUGUUAAUUAUUAUACAUUAUUGUAAGAAUGUUUAUCAAUAUCAUAACUUGAUUGUGACCAGGUGAAAAAAUAUUAAAAAACAAACCAUCUGGUGACCCCUAUGUCUGUACAUCUGACAUAGGGGUGAAAAAAUAAUUAGUACAGUACUGGAGAUACAGUAUACAGUAUUUAAAUUUUUUUUAAUCGAAUUGCAGGUGUUCUGUUCGAAUAACUUUUUAUAUUAAUGCCAUAUGAAGACUAUUCUGUCAUUUAAUGAAAAGCUUUAUAGAAAUUAAAUUAUGGAUUCAUAUUGUGUUAAUUUUUAUGAAACUAUUAAUCACUGUACAAAUCAAGAAGCUUAUUGGUCUAUUGUGUAUUCAUCCAAUAUCUAAUUGAAAUAAAAUACCACUGGUUGGUUUGUUGACAUGCUGUGUCUAGAGAAUAGAUACACUUUAUUUAUUCAUGCAACAAUUUUCAUAGUAAGCUAAUAAAGUUUUUAAAUUACA